AUGGCCCCCGGACUAGUGGAAGCUACUGGUGUCCAGAACUUGGCGAGACCUGUCAAGCUCUCUGUUUUCCCAGACGGCUACAAAACAUCUGGCCAACAUCCCCCUAUAUAUUCACAAGUUCGACCGUAUGCCGAUUUCCCGAAGAUCCAUACUGGCCCUACAGUGUGGAAAGCCGAGGACUACCGCGAAAAUCCCGAGCUUUGGACGCAUCAUUUCACCGCAGAUGAGGUCGCGGAGAUCAGCCAUGCCACCGAUCAGUUCAUCCAGAGUGGAACCCCUUUGACUGGAAUAUCAAAGUCCAAUUUUCACUUGCCUAACUUGUCUGAGCGCAUGGGAAACCUCCGAGAAGAUCUGAUUAAUGGCAAAGGAUUCUUCCGUUUCAGAGGACUUCCUGUUCAAGAAUGGGAUCUCCAGAAAUGUGCAACAGCAUAUAUGGGCCUUGGCACAUACUUGGGUUACUUUGUCAGUCAAAACGGACGUGGUCAUGUCCUCGGUCAUGUCAAGGAUCUAGGAGAAGAUCCAACGAAGACCGACAGAGUCCGAAUCUAUCGAACAAAUGCUCGUCAAUACUUCCACACGGAUGGAUCCGAUAUUGUUGGCCUUCUGUGUAUCGCCAAGUCUCUUUCUGGCGGAGAGUCUGACAUCGCGUCCACCCAUCAUGUAUUCAAUGUAUUGCAGGAGAGACAUCCCGAUGUGGCACAGACACUAUGUGAACCCAACUGGUAUUUCGACCGGAAGGGUGAAGUGUCUGAAGGCGAAGAAAACUGGAUUCGGGGUAGCGUCUUCUACCUCGAAAACGAUAACAGUAGCUCCAUUCCUCGAGUGUACGCAAGGCUCGACCCUAAUAACGUGACAUCGUUGGCACGCUUCAAUUCGGGGCCUGAUGCAUGUAUACCCCCUUUGUCAGACAAACAGAAACACGCGCUGGAGGUAUUUGAGAAGACCUGUGCGGAGCUGUCGCUACAUAUGAUUCUAGCUCCAGGCGACAUUCAGUUCCUCAGUAACUCACAUGUCUUCCACGCGAGAACUGCGUACACGGAUCAUCCAGCUGGAGCGGUUGAUGAGGAUGGUCGGCCUGCCCGACGUCGGCAUUUAAUGCGACUUUGGCUGUCGGCCCCUGAAUCAGAAGGUGGAUGGAAGCUACCGUACCACGACUCCUUGGAGAAGAAACGUGGAGGUAUCCAGGUUAAUGACACCCCUCCAGUUUGUCCCUUGGAUGCGGAGUGA